AUGUCAACAGAAGCUGCACGUUUGAUCAGUUUAUCAAUACUAUUCACUUAUGUCUAAAUUUGAUUUUCAUAGAAGCUUUGAAAGUUAUAACAGCCGGCUGACAGUUUGUAAAGUAAUCUGAAUGCAAGAUUUUUAGAAUGAGUGGAGACUGGAGAGGCAGGGGAACCUGGAGGGGAGGGGGGCAGAGAGGCUACAGAGGAGGGGCAGGAAGCAGUUGGCGGGGUGCUGGAGCCUGGAGUUACGGGAGAGGAGGAGGAGGACAAAGUGGGAGCUGGAGGGGAAGGCCUUGGCGAGAAGGUGGCAUCGGUCCGAGAGCCAACAGAGACGCAGAGCCAGGUGGUGUACAGAAUACACAGUCUCGAAUGACACAGAGCACACUGGACCCGGCUUGCCGCUAUAAAGGAUGGAAACUUUAUUUUUCCGAAGGUUACAGUGAGAGCUCACCAUACGUACAGAAGAUUCAGGCCUUUGAACGGUAUUGCAUUGCCAGAAUUGAACUUUAUGACAAGGAUGAAAUUGAAAGGAAAGGCAGCAUUCUGGUGGAUUUCAAAGAUCUUGUGCAGGACAAAAAUAUCACAGAAGCAAUCCCCAAUUUAGCAGCAGAGCUCAGAGAUAUGCCAGAGAAAACAUUGGACUGCCUGGGUUUGGCAGUGCAUCAGGUGUUAACAAAGGAUCUGGAGCGACAUGCCACAGAAUUGCAGGAACAAGAAGGGCUUCCCAGUGGUGUACCACCUAUUGUCAAUAUGCCAUAUAUCCAUGCCAGGAUUUACAACUACGAGCCACUAACACCUCUGAAGAACCUCCGCGCUAACCUGUAUGGCAAAUAUGUAGCUCUUCGGGGAACUGUAGUGAGAGUCAGUAAUAUCAAGCCACUCUGCACAAAGAUGGCUUUCACCUGCAACACAUGUGGAUACAUCCAGAGCCUUGAACUCCCUGAUGGCAAGUUCACUGUACCUACCAAGUGUCCGGGGCCAGAUUGUCGCAGUCGAUCAUUCACGCCAAACAGAAGUUCACCUUUAACACUAACAGUGGACUGGCAGACUAUUAAGGUUCAAGAGUUAAUGUCAGAUGACCAGAGAGAAGCUGGACGAAUACCUCGGACCAUUGAAUGCGAACUUUCUCAGGGCCUUGUGGACAGCUGUGUCCCAGGGGACACCGUGACCAUCACAGGGAUUGUCAAGGUGUCUAGCGAGGAAGGAGUUGCAAAGCAUAAAAAAGAUAAAUGCAUGUUUCUGUUGUACAUUGAUGCUAACUCCAUCAGCAACUCCAAAGGGCAGAAAGAAAAAGAUAUGAUGGAGUCUGAGAGCCAGGGAGCAUUAAUAGAAUUCUCUUUCAAUGACCUUCAGACCAUUCAGAAGAUUCAAGCUGAAGAAAAGCUUUUAAAAGUCAUGGUCAACUCAUUGUGUCCAGCCAUUUACGGCCAUGUGCUGGUGAAAGCAGGGUUGAUACUGGCCUUAUUUGGGGGCUGUCAAAAGUAUGUGGAUGAUAAGAAUCGGAUAUCAAUAAGAGGAAACCCUCAUGUUCUUGUUGUAGGAGACCCUGGUCUGGGUAAAAGUCAAAUGUUACAGGCUGUUUGCAACGUUGCACCACGUGGUGUUUAUGUGUGUGGUAAUACUACAACUACCUCAGGCCUCACAGUGACUUUAUCCCGAGACAGCGGAUCUGGGGAUUAUGCUCUAGAAGCUGGAGCACUGGUACUUGGAGAUCAAGGUCUUUGUUGUAUUGAUGAAUUUGAUAAGAUGGGGAACCAGCACCAAGCCCUGCUUGAAGCCAUGGAACAGCAGAGCAUCAGCCUGGCUAAGGCGGGGAUUGUUUGCAGUUUACCAGCACGAACCUCAAUUAUUGCAGCUGCAAACCCUGUUGGAGGACACUACAACAGAGCCAAAACUGUCUCAGAGAAUCUGAAAAUGGGGAGUGCGCUGCUGUCCAGGUUUGACUUGGUAUUCAUUCUGUUGGACACCCCAAAUGAAGAUCAUGACCACAUGCUGUCUGAACAUGUCAUGGCUAUGCGGUCAGGGAAGAAAGAGGUUCUUAGCAGUGCCACUGUCACAAGGAACAGAUCGCAGGAUGUAAACACUUCUGCUUUGGAUUUGUUCCCUGAUAAACCUUUAUCAGAGAAGUUAAAGGUCCAACCUGGAGAAAGCUUUAAACCCAUCCCUCACCAGAUGUUGAGAAAAUAUGUGGGUUAUGCUCGACACUAUGUCCACCCCACUUUGACUGGAGAAGCAGCUCAGGUACUGCAGGAGUUUUACCUGGAGCUGCGAAAGCAGAAAUAUGGAACAGAUAGCAUUCCCAUCACCACUAGGCAGCUGGAGUCGCUUAUACGGCUGACUGAGGCAAGAGCGAGACUGGAACUUCGAGAGAAGGCAACAAAAACAGAUGCAGAAGAUGUUGUUGAGAUAAUGAAACACAGCUUACUGGACACCUAUUCAGAUGAAUUUGGUCGCUUGGAUUUUGAUCGCUCGCAGCUUGGCUCUGGAAUGAGCAAUAGAUCACAAGCAAAGAAAUUUGUGACCGGGCUUAACCAGAUAGCAGAACGGACCUACAAGACCAUGUUUGAUGUCCAGCAGCUGCGCCAAAUUGCUAAGGAGCUGCAUAUACAGGUGGCAGAUUUUGAAGGGUUUAUCAGUUCCUUGAAUGAACAAGGAUACUUGCUGAAAAAAGGACCAAAAAUGUAUGAACUUCAAACAAUUUAAAUGGAGUUUCAUGUCUAAAAUGCAACAUAUUACAUCGCAGAUGUAGAACGCCUCAGACAGGACUUGUAAUUAAUGUUUUCAUAAUUAAACUCUCAAAAUAGUUUUAAAAUAAAGUUACUCUAGUGCUUCUAAAGUUUGUCCUUUCUAAUGCAUUCAUUUAGAUGAAGCUGUAUGAUAUCUGAUUUUCUUUCCAUCAAAACUUGGUUUACGUAAUCCUUUAAGUGUCACACUAUUUUCUGGAUUAUGUUAUGUUUUAAAUUGUGUGUAUUUAUUUCUUUUCGAAGUGUUAUAUUUGUUGAUUGUGGUGUUUACAAAUACAGUUCUUAAAGAGCUAACACUGUUUUAAUGCUUCUGUUUUGUAUAUUUAUCUUCAGUAUUCAUAGCAGUGUGGAUUAUCUUUAAAUAUGUGAACAUUAUAUGCUGCACAGUAAUGGAGCAAUUUAUUGGAGUGCUUUAUAAUACAACAUAACAUUCUUAAAGCGUUGAAGUGCAUAUUUAAUAUUAAACGUGUGAUUUAAAUAAUGUAUCUAAAAGUUAAGCAUUUAUUGAACCAUGUGUAGUAUAAAUACGAGUUC